AUGAUGAGUGUACAGCCUCGGACAGGACACGUGACUCGUGAUCCAUUGGAUGAUGAGUGCACCACGUCUAUAUCGCAGAAAACGGACUUGGAUCCAUCACCUAUUGUGGAAGAUCAACCAGACACUUCGGAUCUGGAUCUCACCUGGAACUCAGAUCGAGAUUAUGAUGAAUGUGUGUAUUACCAUGAAGGAAGCGAUCUAUACGCCGAAGAUGUCGAUGGUCAGAUGGCGGUGCUGCCCGAAGUACCUGUGACGACGGAAGAUGUGAAGAUCGAAGAUAUUCUGCUAUGCGGAUCUGAUAAUCAGACUCCAGAGGAAAUCGAGCGGCUCCGCCAAAAGAUCUGGAAGUUCCGACAUCUCUUGAUCGGUAAAGGAAAUACCCUUCCGAAGGGAAAUGCCCUUCCGCCGGCAGCUAGAGGCGUGGUGUGUGAUAUUGACGUCGGCGAAGCGAGACCCAUCGCCCUCAAGUGCUGUAAGUUGCGGAUCCAGUUCAGGGAGAAGCUGGCAGACCUGAUCAAGGGUCUAUUGUCUGCCAAGAUGAUCAACUACUCCAGAUCACCAUGGGCUUCCCCAAUCGUGGUGAUCAUUAAGAAAGAUGGGGUGGAUAUCAGGCUAUGCAUUAGCCUAACUCAACUGAUGAUCUACCCAAUGCCCUUGAUCAACGAUCUACGCGAAGAUCUGGAGUCGACACUUUGUACUCCUUUUGGGCUAUUUGAGUGGAAUCGAAUGCCUUUUGACCUGAAGAAUGCGCCCCAGAUCUAUCAACGCAUGAUCGAUAACGCGCUAUAUGGGUUCACCCGGAUCCCGAAGUCUGAAGAUCACGGAAGUACUUCGGAUGUAUUUGAAGACGGGGAAUCGGUGGAUCCAGGCAAGCCCUCGGUGCUUGGUCGCAGAUCAUAUAGCGAUGACAUCCUGAUACCGGCCAAUAACUGGGAUCAACUAUGUGACCGAGUCGAGGGGUUGCUCGAAGCAUGUGAUAAGUGGAACCUGUCGAUCAGUGUGGUUAAAAGUUUCUGGGGAAUGCCUAAGGUGGAGUACCUUGAACAUAAGGUCUCGUACAAUGGACUGGAGGCGAAUCCUAAAGAUCUGUCGUCAUUGACGGAUCUAGCAUUCCCUGGAUCACUCAGAGCUAUGCAGGGAAGUCUGAACUAUUAUAGCCGAUUUAUUGAAGACUACGCGAUCUACGCGUCAGUUCUGUACGAAUUGCGAGAAAUCGACUUUGCUGCGAUGACGAAAGAGGCUACCCAAGGGCGGAUCCAACAAGUACUGGAAACAGAAGGCGCAGAUCCAAGAUCACAGGAAGAUCGGGACGUCGAUCAUCGAAUGACCUUGGAUCUGGAGGCGCCUGAACCUUUGGAGGAAUACGACCAGAUCUACUACCCCGUGGCAUUUGCCAGCCGUACACUGAAGUCGAAUGAGCUAAACUACGGCAUCGCGGAGAAGGAGGUACUAGCCCUUCUGAGGAUCCUGGAUCUGAAUUACAAUGCGUUGGUCGGGCAUUCCUUACGAGAGGAGGUCGUGAGGGAGCUACGGAUCGACCGGAUCCGACAAGCGCAGGACGAGGAGUCAUGGAUCAGGCGCUUGAAGAAGUAUUUGGUCGGUGAGAUCCGGGAUCUAACACAGGAAGAAGCUAAGAUGUUUGGAUCUAUCGCUAUGAAUUAUGAGGUGGGUCAGCUGGAUCUACUCUUCUAUUGUCCGACAACUAAGGAAACUGCCGCAGAUCGAGAUAAGCUGAUGCGACUUGUGAUACCGGAGACUCGCCAACAGGACAUUUUGCACCACUAUCCUACGAGUCUGCAGGGUGGUCAUCAAGGGGUCGAUCGCACCUAUGAUCGGAUCCGUGAUCAUUUCCACUGGAGAGGCAAGGGCAGACCUAGGAUCCAGGGCGAGUCACCUGGUAAUCCUCAGGCAACAUAUCCAUUUCAGAUCAUAGUCAUGGAUCAUAUACCCUCAUUGCCUAGCGGCAACACGGAAUUGCUGAUCUUCGUGGAUCUAUUCUCAAGAUAUGUGAUCGCCAAAGCCAGCGCCUCUAGAUCCACCCAAACAAUCGCCGAGACUUACGAAGAAUGUGUCUUUCGUCGAUUUGGCGCGAGCGAGGUGAUCCGACACGAUCGGGAGCCGGGCUUUAUGUCUGAUUUCUUUAAGUCGUUUAACAAGAUCCUGGGACAACACUCUGGAUCAAGGGUCUGGCUAUACCUAGAUCGAGUGCGUGAAGGUUACGCGAAAAAGCUGGCGCACUUAUGGCAUGGCCCAUUCCACGUUGCCGAGAAGAUCGGAGAAUACGCUGUGAGGUUGAAGAUAGCAGGAUCCGCAUACAGCAUUUUCCCGGUGGUGCAUGUAUCGAAGAUCAAACUGAUCAAGGUAUUCCCAGAUCGACCAUUAGCUCGGCUGAACGGAUCAGAAGAAGAUCGGGUGGACUUCGAUGAAGCUCUCCUACCUGAAGAUAGCUGGAUCCGAGAUCGGGAUCCGGAUGAAUACGAAGUGGAACGAAUUUCCGAUAUGGGAACUGGCAAGAGGACGAGAGGAUCGAAGUGGGGCGAGAUUGAUUCUGAGAUGGACAUGGAAUGA